AUGGGGGCCAUUGUCAGUAAAAAUAGAGAAAAGCAACAGGCGGAAGCUGCUGCUGCUGCUGCUGCUGCAGCAGCAGCAGACACGCCGGCUCCCGCUCCUGCUGCUGCUACUGCUGCUGCACCAGCGCCCACCAGACCAGCACCUGCCCCCCGCAGCCCCCAAACAGACAGAGCCAGCAGCAAACACGCAGCAAGGCUGCAGCAAAACGUCGGCGCUGCUGCUGCUGCUGCCAAAGGCAAGGAGAGCAGCAGCAGCAGCAGCAGCAGGGGCGCCAACGCCCCCGCCCGGAACAACGGCGCCGCCAGCAAGAACAGCACCGCCAACAGGGGACGCAGCACCAGCAGCAGCAGCAAGAGCAGCAGCAGCAAGAGCAGCAGCAGCAAGAGCAGCAGCAGCAAGAGCAGCAGCAGCAAGAGCAGCAGCAGCAGCAGCGCUGCCAAGGCAGCUGCUGCAAAGCCAGCAGCAGCAAAACGACCCAGAGGGAGGCCUUCUAAAGCGGCGGCACCCCCUGAGGCCGCCCGCGCUGCAGCAGCAAAGAACGCCAAGGCGCAGCAGCAGCAGCAGCAACAGCAGCAGCAACCAAAGAAGCAGCAAAAGAGAGUAGAGACAGCAGCACUGAAGGAAGCAAAGAUAGAAAGCCCCGCCAGGGCCAACACUCGGGAGCAGCAAAGAGAAAGCAGGCAGCGGAAGCGGACAGCAGCAGCAGCAGCUGCUGCUGCUGCUGCUGCAGCUCAGGAGAUCAAGGCCAAGGUGGAAGCAGCCAAGGCGGAGCGGCCCGUCGCUGUUGCUGCGAGCAGCAACAGCAGCAGCAGCACGGGCGACAGCAGCAGCAAAGAGGGCCUGGCAGCAGCAGUUUCAAAGAAGCGCAAGGAGGCCGGGGCAGCAGCAGAAGCAGCAGCAGCAGCAGCAAACGCCGCAGCAGACAGCAGCAAAGCCAAAUCAGAAAAGCAGCCAGAGAAGCGACAGCGCCGCUGCUGCUCCUCACGUAGCUGA